GUCUUCCUCCUUGUUCCGUGUGUGAAUCCAGCGGUCCCCUUCCCCCUGGCCCACCGGCUGACCAUGAAGGAGGUGUUUGACUCGGAGGGCCGUCCGCGGGUGGACCUGCUCAAAGCUCACCUCACAAAGGAGGGCCGGCUGGAGGAGGCCGUGGCCCUGCGCAUCAUCGAUGAGGGUGCCGCCAUCCUGCGCCAGGAGCGCACCAUGUUGGAUAUUGAGGCGCCAGUCACAGUGUGUGGAGAUAUCCACGGCCAGUUCUUCGACCUGAUGAAGCUAUUCGAAGUGGGAGGCUCUCCUGCCAACACACGCUACCUCUUCCUUGGGGACUAUGUGGACAGGGGCUACUUCAGUAUUGAGUGUGUGCUCUACCUGUGGUCACUGAAAAUCCUCUACCCAAAGACGCUCUUUCUUCUACGAGGAAACCAUGAAUGUAGACAUCUGACAGAAUAUUUUACCUUCAAACAAGAAUGUAAGAUCAAGUACUCAGAACAGGUGUACGAUUCCUGCAUGGAGGCGUUCGACUGCCUUCCCCUGGCGGCGCUGAUGAACCAGCAGUUUCUCUGUGUCCAUGGGGGGCUUUCGCCCGAAAUCCACACACUGGACGACAUUAAGAAGUUGGACCGAUUCAAGGAGCCCCCAGCGUUUGGGCCCAUGUGCGACCUGCUGUGGUCGGACCCCCUGGAAGACUUUGGCAACGAGAAGACCCAGGAGUAUUUUGGCCACAACACGGUCAGAGGAUGCUCCUACUUCUACAGUUAUCCUGCAGUGUGUGAGUUCCUACAGACCAACAACCUGCUGUCCAUCAUCAGAGCGCAUGAAGCUCAGGAUGCCGGAUAUCGCAUGUACAGGAAGAGUCAGACGACGGGCUUCCCCUCCCUCAUCACCAUCUUCUCUGCGCCCAACUACCUGGACGUCUACAACAACAAAGCGGCGGUGUUAAAGUAUGAGAACAAUGUGAUGAACAUCCGUCAGUUCAACUGCUCUCCACAUCCUUACUGGCUGCCCAACUUCAUGGACGUCUUCACGUGGUCGCUGCCUUUUGUAGGAGAAAAAGUGACGGAGAUGCUGGUCAACGUUUUGAGUAUCUGCUCAGAUGAUGAACUCAUGAACGACGGAGAGGAAAUCUAUGACGCCAGUGCAGCCGCAGCGAGGAAAGAGGUUAUCAAAAACAAGAUCCGGGCCAUCGGGAAGAUGGCUAAAAUGUUCUCUGUGUUACGGGAAGAGAGUGAGAACGUUCUGACCCUGAAGGGGCUGACUCCUACCGGCAUGCUGCCCAGUGGGGUCCUGUCCGGGGGCAAGCAGACCCUGCAAAGUGCUACCAUUGAGGCCAUUGAAGCUAUCGAGACAGUUAAGGACGCUGAAGCCAUCCGAGGCUUCUCUCCGCAGCACCGGAUCAGCAGCUUCGAGGAGGCCAAAGGCCUGGACCGGAUCAACGAGAGGAUGCCGCCUCGACGCGACGCCGUCAACAGCGUGGGGCUGUCGAUGGGUCGCAUGAACAUGAGCGAGCCCAACGGCACCGACAGCAACAGCAAUAUCCAGUGAUCCACCGAAAAACAGAAAAACAACCCCGCUCUCAUCUGCCUGCAGUCUCUACAGUGAUACCAUAUUUACCCAGUCGUGUACAUAGGCAUAUAAACAGCAGAAACACACACACACACACUCAUUACACCACACACACACACGUGCACACACACACACAAGAUUAAAUACCCCCUCCCCCCUUUGCCCUCAGCUGUUAUUUAGUCGGACUUUACCACAGAGAGGCUGAGGGUCUUUUCUGAGCCCGGUUCUUCAGAACUAACCCUGACCCUGACCCCUGACCCCUGUACCUGCACAA